CCCCAGCCGCGGCAACCCCCCGCGACACCCACCUACAUCCUCCGCGGCCACUCUGCCGCCAUCCACGCCCUGCAGAUCUUCCACCAGAACCUGCGUCUCGUCUCUGCCGACGGCGACGGCUGGAUCGUGGUCUGGGAUCUCGUCUCCAAGCGCCCCCUCGCCGUCUGGAAGGCCCACGAUGGCGCCGUCCUUGAAGUCAAAGGAUUUAGUUUCAGUCAUGGCGCCGUGACCGAGGUGUUUACCCACGGCCGCGACCACAAACUGCGCGUCUGGCGCUUCACUAUCCACGACGAGGAAGUCCUCCAGAAAACCCUCCCCGUGGACGUAGCCGAGAAACUGCCAUCCGCCUCGGCCCCGAGCCAGCCCUGGCUGGUGCAUUCUCUCCCCGUCAACGCGCUGAAUUUCUGCGCCUUUGCGAUGGUGUUUCUCCCCGCACCGAAAGAGAACAAGAACGCGAACGCAAAUGCGAACGCGUCCCUCUCAUCCGCCCUCAUCGCCGUCCCAAACGCGCUCAACUCCGGCGCCAUCGACCUCUUCCAUAUCCCCCAGGAACGGCGAAUCUGCACCAUCCCCGCCGACUCAGCCGUCAAGACGGGGAUGGUCAUGGCUGCGGAUCUGGUUCUCACUGCCUCGGGCGAGUUGUAUGUUGCGUCUGCGUAUGAAAACGGGCAUGUCAUGGUGCAUGGGUAUCGCGGACCAGUCCGGGAGAAGGAUCUUGCGUCUGGUGCGAAGGCGGGGGCAUGGAAAUGGGAGAAGCUGUAUGCGUGUCGCGCGCAUUCUCAGCCGGUGCUUUCCAUCGAGGUGUCUUCUUCGGGGGAUUGUUUCUUUUCGUCAUCUGCGGAUGCGGUGUUGGCGAAACAUCCGGUUCCGAGGUUGGGGUUGGGGGUGCUCGUGGGGAAGAGGGUGGAGGAGUUGCCGAUGAAGACGGUCAAUACGAAACAUGCGGGGCAGCAGGGGGUGAGGGUGAGGGGGGAUGGGAAGGUGUUUGCGACGGCGGGGUGGGAUUCCAGGGUGCGGGUGUAUUCGUGUAAGACGAUGAAGGAGCUGGCGGUGUUGAAGUGGCAUAAGGAGGGGUGUUAUGCGGUUGGGUUUGGGGGGGUGUUGACUGGGGAGACGACUACGUCUGAUGCUGAUGCAGAUGCAAAUGCAAAUGGGGGUACGCAGGUUACGACACGCGACUUCUCGCUCGCGACGGUGCAUCGCCAACGGAACCAGAAGGUGCAGGACACGCAUUGGCUAGCGGCCGGGUCGAAAGACGGAAAGAUCUCAUUGUGGGAUAUCUAUUGA